UGUUGCGGAUAAUUGACAUAUCACGUCGGAGGGACAGAAGAUCGUAAGUGAUGUUCUAUUACCAAAUGCUGAUGGCCGUCCAACUAUGCUUUACUGUAGCUGCUGCCCCCGAGCCAAUCGAGACGCAUGCCAAAGUGGUCGGUGGUUAUCCGGUGGGAAUUGAUGUUGUGCCGUUUCAGGUCUCUAUACGUCUGCGAUACUAUGAAGAAUUGGAGUUUGGUUCGGGUCACAUGUGUAGCGGUUCAGUGAUAUCACAGCGUGUGGUUUGCUCAGCGGCACAUUGUUUUGCAGAAAAUGAUACAUAUCCAGCACAAUACAGAGACCCAGAGAAUUAUGUCGUCGUCGCCGGCAGCAGUCAUAUUCAAAGUUUGAAUCGUUUCAGUGAGGUGUAUCUGGUACAGGAGAUCAUUGGCCAUGAACGUUAUCAUCCUUACACUCUAGAGAAUGAUAUUGCAUUGGUGUUCCUGAAUAGUUUCAUACCCUAUCAUCAUUUCAUUAUACGUUCAUUGCCACUGGCUUCUGCGGCGUUUCCUCCGGGCACCUUUUGCUCCAUCAGCGGCUGGGGAAAUGUAUACCGUGAGCUACACCAGGCGAUUGUGCCAAUUCAGGAUCAACGCCUGUGCUCCUUUAUCUAUAUAAGUUUGCCCAAAUCCCAGAUUUGUGCAGGAUAUCUAAGCGGCGGCGUUGAUGCCUGCAAGGGGGAUUCGGGAGGUCCCAUGGUCUGUAACGGUCACCUAACUGGCAUUAUAUCCUGGGGCGUCGAUUGCGGAAAGGUCUUCUUUCCCGGCGUCUAUACAAAUAUCUCGUACUUUCUCAACUGGAUCACAAAGGUCAACUCCUCUCUGGACUAUGAAAAGUACUUGCGAAUGCGAGGUUUAAAUGGAGUCGGCCCUUUAAUGUUACCAACUAUAGAGUUAUAUGUUAUUUGUAGUGUAUUGCUUAUGGCAAUGAUAAAAACGAUCUAUUGAUUAUUAAAAAUAUAUAAACUGACUUGAUAUUUAU